CAUUUAUUCAAAUCCAUAUCACUGACACGUUCACGUUCGUCCGCAUAAGUCUCAUUAUCGAUAACUUUUGUUAUCGUCCAAAAUCACACCAUAAAAUCGCUAUAUUGUGAAUAGUAUCGAGAGAAAAAAGAGAAAAAGAAGGAAAAAAAAAGAUUUAAGUGUUACUAUAGCAGUUUCUCUUUUUUUCAACAAUUCCGAAUUGAUUUAACGGUUUCUGCAGACGGGAUCGGAUAUUAUUUAUCAAGUGAGACGUAAAUUUACGUUAGAAAAAUAAUAAUACAAGUGAUCAAAAUAGUGGUGUGGAAAAUUAGUUAACUCCAGAGUUCUUAUUCCAAAAUGUGCAAAGUGUUCCCACGGAUUAAUUGAAUACUUUGAACGUGUUACAAUCAGUUUUCAUUAAACUGAAAAUUUUCCAAACAAAUUCAAAAAUAAACUGAGGAAUUGUAGUAACAAUCAAAGUUGAUAUAUAGACACUAUCACAGCAAUACAAGCAAACGACUUACAAAAUGGCAAUUGAAUCAGAAGCAUUUGACAUGUCGAUUCGUCGACGAAAAUUUGGCAACUUAUCAAAUCAAUCAUCAUCAUCCGAUUUAUUGAACAAUAAUAACAAUAACAUAAACGAAAAAUUGUCCGAUAGCAAUGACAGUGAAAUUGAAAAAGAUUUUGAUGCUGAUGUUUCAACAUUGGGACCAGCAGUAAACAAAGUUCUCAAACAAACCACCGAAAAUCUAUCACAUGAUGAGGCGCUCGAUAAGCUUAAAGAAGUUGGAGCUAAAACGCCCAUUCUACCAUCGCAAAUUGGCACAGAUUUUAGUUUCAAACGUAAAAUUGUGUGGCCAAAUGCAAUCGGUUUCUUGAUAUUACAUAUGUGCGCACUUACUGGAGUUUUUAUGGUGAUGCUUGGCAUGGCACGAUUGUACACUGUCAUUUACACAUUUGCAUUGAUGUACGGUUCUGGAUUGGGUGUAACAAUGGGAGCUCAUCGACUUUGGUCACAUCGAGCAUUCAAAGCAAAAACUCCAUUGAGAAUUUUCCUUUUGUGGCUCCAUACGUUGGCUGGACAGAAUUGUUUAUAUGUAUGGGUUCGUGAUCAUCGUCAACAUCACAAAUACUCGGACACCGAUGCUGAUCCGCAUAACGCAAACCGUGGAUUCUUCUUCAGUCAUGUUGGCUGGUUAAUGUCGCGAAAACAUCCUAAAGUGUUGGAAUACGGCAAGAAAAUUGAUAUGUCUGACCUGGAAGCCGACAAAUUUAUUAUGUUCCAAAAAGAACACUAUAAAUUGCUUUACACCAUUUUUGCUUUAAUGUUGCCAACAUCGUUGCCAAUUUUUGCCUGGAAUGAGGAUCCAAUUGUUGCAUUGUUUGUGUGUUUCUUUGCAAGAGCUGUAAUUUCAUUAAAUGCAACAUGGUUGGUAAAUUCGGCCGCUCACUUAUACGGAACACGUCCAUUUGAUAAAACAAUUUUCCCGGUUGAGAAUAUGGUUGUUGCAUUCUUUGCUGUUGGUGAAGGAUGGCAUAACUAUCAUCACGCGUUCCCUUGGGACUACCGAGCAUCCGAAUUGGGAUCACCAUUGAAUGUAACUGGAUUUUUAAUUGAUGUUCUUGCCAAUUUCGGUUUAAUUUUUGAUCGUCGCGAAGCAUCAAACAAUAUGAUUAAAAAUCGUUCCAUGCGAACUGGUGACAGUUCACACAAAGUAUAUGGCACAGAGGAGGGUCGACGUGCAUUUACCACACUAUUUAAUAUGUGGAAACAUCCAUCAAAUCCAACGUACAAUUCAAUUUACUCACCAAAACCGAAAAUUAUCAAUGCCGAUGGUUAUGCACUCAUCGAAGAUGAAUUGAGCAAAAAUGAAAAGGAUGAAGAAUUAUUAUCACGCGAAAAUGAAGUGCUCGAAGAGCGUCAACGAAGACUAUCACAUAUUGAAAAUGCCGAUAAAAUUAAAAAGUAUAUUGUUGAAAAAUCGGAAGCCGAAAAAAUGAUCGGCACUAUUACCGAUGAAAAUGACACGGCCAUCAAAAAGUUGAACAAUAAUAAUGAACCCGAGUUCAAACUAUUGAUGAGCCCAGUGUUAGAUAAAAGCCAGUUGAAUAUCGAUGCAGACAGUGCAAUUUUUUCAAAGAUUUAAAUAAAAUGAAAAAUACCUAUCUAUAUAAAAACUAAAUGCUGCCUUACUUUAAAAAAAAAGAUAAAAAAAAACGCAGCACCAACAAAUAAAAAGAUAAGUAAAAAAAUAGAAUAAAAGUAAGUUAAGAAAAGAAGAGAGAAAAAAAAGCUUUGCAUGCACAACAUUCAUCGAUUUUGACUGCACAUAGAAAAAAAUAUAUGCAAAUAUGUAAGUUCAUAUUAAGAAUGAUGUAAACAAAAAAUGAUUAAGAAUGAUUUAAAUAUUAGAAGAAAAAAGUUACAAAAUGUGAGUGAUACCGUUUCUUUAUGUUUAGAGUUUAUUAAUGGUCUGUUGCUGUGGAGCCUCCAGACCGCCUUUUAUUUAAGUUGACAGUCGAUAUCGUGUGUUUUUUUGUAAUUAUAAAUUAAUAUUGAAUUUUAAUAAAUAUUUUUUACAAGUUACAUUCCAAGUUUUAGCACUAUACUUCUUUUGAUUGUUUUGACUUUUAACAUUUCUUAUGGACACAUUAAAACCGAAUACGUGACAUUUAAAAUUGAAAAAAAAAAA